AUUCAGAAGUAUUUGAGAUUUUUAUAUACACGGUCUUAAAAUGCAUUUCUAUUUCAAGAUGUGACAUUUGAUAAUAAAAUUCGCUUGAAUACAGAUUUGGAAUUGUUCAAGAACACAAAUCAUCAUUUUUAAUGAAUAAUUUUGAAAUUGUGUUGCAUCGAAAAAUCUUUGACAACAUUUCGCUGGCCCCCUGUUGAAAGAGAAAAAUGCCACAGAAUUAUUAUAUUGAAGAACAUAUAAAAAAACAUGGUCGUAGAUUAGACUUUGAAACUAAGAAAGCAAAGGCACUUGUAAGAAGUGAAAAAAAGACUGUUGCGCUUGCUAAAGGAUUAACAGGAAUCAAAGCCAAACUAUUCGCAAAGAAACAGAAAACUAUAAAGGCACAGAAAAAGAAAGAAAUACGUGCACAAAAUACCAAAGAAAAAAUUGUAGAAAAGAUACAAAGUGGACCACUUCCACUCUACUUAAUGGAUAGAGGAAUUGUUACAAAAGGAAAGGAUCUCGCACAUUCGAUAAAAGAAAAACGACGAGAGGCCUCUGCUAAAUAUUCUGUACCUAUUCCAAGAAUUGGGGGCAUUUCUGACAAAGAAAUGUUCAAUGUUGUAACAACAGGAAAGAAAAAGAGCAAACAAUGGAAAAGGAUGGUCACCAAACCAUGUUUUGUAGGUGAUAAUUUCACUAGAAAAAUUCCAAAACAAGAAAGAUUCAUUAGACCAAUGGCUCUACGUUUCAAAAAUGCACACGUAUCACAUACCGAUUUGAAAGCAACUUUUAAUUUGCCGAUUAUCAGUAUCAAAACGAAUCCGCACUCUCGUCUCUAUUCUUCUUUCGGUGUUUUGACACGUGGUACCAUCAUUGAAGUGAAUGUAAGCGAGUUAGGAAUUGUAGAACAAAACGGUCGGGUUGUUUGGGGAAAAUACGCACAGAUUACAAACAAUCCUGAAAGAGACGGAUGUGUAAAUGUCGUUCUUCUCGCAUGA